AACGAUUCAACUACAAACCACUAAAGUGAAAAUUUCUCAGUCACAAAAAAAUUUCUAACUCCCAUUUUCUCUUUUUGUCUCGCCAUUUCCUUUCGUUUUGGCACUCUGCAAAUCCAUUUAGCUGCUUUUACAGCUUUCAUUUUGAAUUUGAUAGAUGCCAAAUCAUUCUUCAUUCUUCAUUCUACCCUUUGGCAAGUUCACACAUGUCUCACUUACUAGUUGAAAUAUUGUGAUAGAGAGAUUUGUGUAGCAGUCCAAAUUCUCUCAUGGACCUUGUGCAUUUGAGUAACGUUGCUUGAGGAACAUAAUCCUGAUUACAGAAGUCCUUUGGCAGGUGGACAUAUUAAGUGGUUGCUUGGACUUGAAGUCUAAAUAUUAAUCUCAUUGCUUGAACCAUAAAGGAACUUCCAAUAUCCACAUAUUUCACUUUUCAGAUUGUUUUCAGAUGUCAGAAAUUGACAUGGCAGUUAUUAAACCCGAGAUGAUGAAGCCUUAUGUGUGGCUUCAGACUUCCGAUGAUUCAAUCCAACAAGUGGAACAAGAAAUUGCUAUGAUUUGUCCACUGCUAUGUCAAGAAAUAAUACAAAAAGGAAUGGGAUCUUCUAAGAAUUGUGCAAUAUGUCUUCCUCAACAAGUCAGUCCUGCCAUGUUGAGCUUAAUUCUUGAUUAUUGUCGAUUUCAUCAAUUACCAGGCCGCUCAAACAAGGAACGGAAGUCUUAUGAUGAGAAAUUCAUUAAGAUGGACACGGAGAGGCUCUGUGAGUUAACCUCUGCUGCGGACAGCCUUCGGUUAAAGCCCUUGGUUGAUCUUACUAGUCGUGCACUUGCUCGAAUAAUUGAAGGAAGAACACCGGAGGAGAUACGUGAGAUAUUUCAUUUACCUGAUGAUCUUACAGAGGAAGAGAAGUUGGAGCCCUUGAAAAACAUAACUGAUGACCCAAGGAUCAGGCUUUUGAAUCGUUUGUAUGCCAAAAAGAGGAAAGAGCUAAAAGAGCGUGAAAGGUUAAAGAAUGUCGAAGUUGAAGAAGAGCAUGUAGAUGAACGUUCGGUUGAUGAUCUUUUGUCUUUUAUUAAUGGAAAUGAUGGAGAUCCAAAGGGGAUUAAAACUUCCAAGAAUAAAAAGAAGAACCGGAGGAAAAAAGAGCAACAGAAGAACUCUUCUUUGAAGGAAGCAUCUGAACUGAAUAAGGUGGAUGUAAAUGGUCAUAAUAUCACACAACAAAGUUCUGAAGCUGAUAGGAUAGGCGAGACCUCAAAUUCACACUAUACAGAAGAUGAAACUUCUACUCCUCCGGUUGAGUUCGAUGAUGGUGAUAUAGAUGAUGAGAUCGAUCCUGCGUUAAAGGCAAAAAUUGACAGGGAAGUUGAAGAUUUUGCCCGCAGAUUAAAUGCUGACUGGCCUGAGAGAAUGCAAGAAUUUUUAUCAUCUGGGCAAGAGAGGAAGACAAUGCUUUUUAGUACAGAGGGGAAUGGUUUUCUAAGGCGACAUUCUUGACUGGAUUCGGAAUGGAAAUGAAUCAUUACAAGAAGGCCAAUGGCUUGAACAAUUUUGAGAGAUGCUGACUAGUGCAAGAAAAGUGUUGCAUGUCAGUUGUUUUUCUUUUUAGUUUGUUUUGUUUUCUUACUAUUCUUUUGAGUUCAUUUUUGGUGCUUGGCCCAGGCUCUUUUUAACUCAGGGCUCACUCUCUUGUACUUUUUAGGUCAGAUUAAAAAACAAAAAAAAGAAAUCUCCUAGCUUCGAUUUAAUACAUUUUUUUUUUGGUGUAUUUGCAUUUACUUGUUUGGAAUA